GUGUAGAAGAGAAGGAAAAAGAAGGAAUGAUGAAGAGCAGAAGUGACUGAUAUCAUUCGUUCGAAGCUAACACCAAAAAAAACCAAGCUUUCCCUUUGGAUCCCAAAAAAGUAAUCCUUUUUCCCACACCCCACUUUCUCUCUUCCCAAACACACCCCAUUUUCAUUUCAUUUUCUUUUUUUUCUUUUUGCCCCCCUCUCUACUCUCUCUACCCCUUCAUAAAACGUGACAAGCACAAAACACACAGAGAGGAACCACUGCUUCAGAGAAAGAGAUAGCUCCUCACAUUUUCUUUUCUUCUUCUGCUGCUUCUUUUGUUUUUUUUUUUUUUUUUUUUUCUAAGCAGCAUUGUGUUUUUUUGUUUUUUCACCAAUGGGAGCUCGUUGCUCUAAAUUCUCUCUCUGUUGGUGGCCUUCACACAUCAAAUCAAACCUUCACGACUUAUCUGAUAAUGAUGACGGGGGCAAGAAUGAGAAGGAUCAAUGGGUUGGAUUCAAUGAGUACACGUGGGAUCAGCUUAAGGUUGCAACUUCAGGUUUCUCACCAGAGAACAUUGUCUCAGAACAUGGAGAGAAAGCUCCCAAUGUUGUUUACAAAGGAAGGCUUGAAGAUGAUAGGUUGGUUGCUGUGAAGCGCUUCAACAAAUCAGCUUGGCCUGAUUCAAGACAGUUUCUAGAGGAAGCAAGAGCAGUGGGGCAGUUAAGGAAUGAAAGAUUAGCUAACUUGGUUGGAUGCUGCUGUGAAGGAGAAGAGAGGUUGCUUGUUGCAGAGUUCAUGCCACAUGAAACUCUCUCCAAACAUCUCUUCCACUGGGAGACACAGCCCAUGAAAUGGGCAAUGAGGUUGAGAGUGGCAUUGUAUUUGGCACAAGCAUUGGAUUACUGCAGCAGUAGAGGAAGAGCAUUGUAUCAUGAUCUUAAUGCUUAUAGAAUCUUGUUUGAUGAGGAUGCCAACCCCAGGCUCUCUUGUUUUGGACUCAUGAAAAACAGUAGAGACGGCCGAAGCUAUAGCACAAAUUUAGCCUUCACUCCUCCGGAGUACUUGAGGACCGGAAGAAUCACCCCUGAAAGUGUAGUAUACAGUUUUGGCACACUUUUGCUUGAUCUUCUGAGUGGAAAGCAUAUUCCACCCAGUCAUGCACUUGACCUUAUACGCGGCAAAAAUUUUUCCUUGCUGAUGGACUCUUGUUUAGAAGGUCAUUUUUCGAAUGAUGAUGGAACUGAGAUAGUGAGAUUGGCUUCGCGUUGUCUACAAUAUGAACCUCGGGAGAGACCAAAUGCAAAGUCACUUGUGACCGCUCUAACUCCUCUUCAGAAAGAAACUUCAGUACUGUCGUAUGUUUUGAUGGGCAUACCAGAUGGGAAUGUAUCAUCAAAGGAAACAGUUUCUUUGACACCUUUUGGUGAAGCUUGUUCAAGAAGAGAUCUCACUGCUAUACAUGAAAUUUUGGAUAAGGUGGGGUACAAGGAUGAUGAAGAUGUUGCGAACGAGCUUUCCUUCCAAAUGUGGACAAAUCAAAUACAGGAAACUCUGAAUUCUAAGAAGCUUGGAGAUACUGCUUUUCGUGCUAGAGACUUCUCCACAGCCAUUGACUACUACACACAAUUCAUUGAUGUUGGGACCAUGGUAUCGCCAACCGUGUAUGCCAGGCGUUGCUUAUGCUAUCUUAUGAAUGACAUGCCACAAGAGGCACUCGGAGAUGCUAUGCAAGCUCAAUCAGUAUCUCCCACAUGGCCGACGGCAUUCUAUCUUCAAGCUGCUGCACUCUUCAGCCUUGGCAUGGACAACGAUGCACAGGAAAGUCUUAAAGACGGCACAAUACUGGAAACCAGGAAGCAUAGAAAUUGAAACUGUAUAGUCCUUUUUUUCCCUUGCUUUGAUUUCCCUUCAUUUUAUCAUAGUUACUAGUGUAGUUACUCGUGUGACGCAAGAGAUACUUAACAAGAUCUGCAUGCUAGGAAGUUUAUAUGACUAAAAUAUAUGGUACAUAAAGUGUAUCUUUCCCUUAGCAGCUCCCUUAGGCUGAAAGACACUUGAUUGCUAUGGCUAUGGCCUACAUAUGCUUGUUCUUUUUGGUCCAAUCUUGUGAAUCACAAAUUGUUCAAGCUUCUUCAUUCUUAUAGAUGUUAAUUUUUUCAGUCAGC